AUGCCCUUGACUUGGAUCACAGCGUAUGAAGCACUCAUGGAACGCAUGGAGAUUCAGAAGAACGAACAGGCUGGCAUCUUGAUCAUCAACGGAGCAGGAGGCGUUGGCAGCGUAGCAAGUCAGAUCGCGCGUCGUGUUCUCAACCUCCCUGUUGUAGUCACUACAGCGUCUAGAGAAGAGACAGUCAAUUUUUCAAAAGACGUAGGAGGCGCCACGCAUACCAUCGUUCACUUGGGCAUUGUUGGGCACAAAACCGUAUUACGGAGUCGACGUUGCGACUCACGGAAGAAUUCUCAAAGAAUUGGCUCAAAUGCUAGAUGA